AUGGCACUUGAGACCAGCAUCUCGCAUCUUGCAGACAAGCUCUUCCUGCCCUGUUUGGAUGAUGGCUGGGGCGCUGCAUCGUGCCAAGAUCGUGUUGGCGCUGGCGCGGUAGCCCUGCUCGAAGCCUUGGCCAACAUCCACUUCGGCAUCUUCGGUGAAAUCUUCCGCAACGUGAACAAGAAGCUCCACCGUGUCAGGGAGCACCUCUUCCAUUUCGCAGAAGGAGAUCCAGCGGUCACGAACAGCACGCUGAUCAGCAACUUCAAUCGCAUCGGCUGUCCAAACCCGAAUCCGCCACAUGCCGACUUGGAAGUCUUCAAGGCGCUUCUGCUGUUAGAUGCUGUUUACGAAGAUGAGGUUGAGAUGCUGUUGCAUCUUGGUUUUGCCAAAGCAUCAGAGGCGCUCCCUUACUACGUCGUCAUGCGCCACAUCACUUGGGGUAAUGUGGACAGCGAGACUUUUUACGACCGGGCUGCGGCAGAUUCCAAGUUUGCUCAGUACAAUGGCGGUGGGUAUGCCACCAUACAAGUGGAUGGCAAAUUCCAGGAGCUGGCUUACUACGGGAACCGAGGCGGGAUCCGGCUCAGCCACCCAAGUUCCUUGCACCAGAAGCCAGAAGUUGGCCCCUGA